UGGCGCUGCUGCACAUUUAUUAAUUUGACCGAGCGAUCAAGAUGGCUACGUUCCCGUCGAUCAGCCAGGUUGCAGGGCCCAAUCUAACAGCGUAUGAAUCACUCUUCAGACAAGUUGAUAAGAGUGGCACAGGAAAGAUAGGAGCCAUAGAUGCAGCAGCUUUCCUCAAGAAAUCAGGACUAAGAGAAACCAUCCUCCAUAAGAUAUGGGAGCUUUCUGAUCCCCAGGGGAGGGGGUAUCUAGACAAACAGGCAUUUGUGGUAGCCCUGAAGCUGAUAUCGCUUGCCCAGAAUGGCAAGGAAGUAGCCCUGUCUGGAUUGGCCUUGCCAGCACCUCUCCCCAAUCUGGGUGGAACACCUCCAGUACACGGUCGAUCAGGAAGCCCGGCAAUGGCCGAUGUCCCUUGGGCAGUAUCGGCUGAAGACAAGGCCAAGUAUGACGGUAUCUUCGAUGGCCUUUCUCCGAUCGACAACAAACUAUCCGGUGACAAGGUCAAAGGUGUCUUCAUGAACUCUAAACUACCUGUAGAUGUACUCAGCAGGAUAUGGGAUCUAAGUGACAUUGACAAGGAUGGCUUAUUAGACAGAGAUGAAUUUUCAGUGGCUAUGUACCUUGUAUACCGAGCACUCGAGAAGGAUCCUGUCCCCGCAGCCCUCCCAGCCAAACUCAUCCCGCCAUCCAAGAGGAAAAAACCUUCCCUUCCAGGCUCCGUCUCAGUUCUUCCUGGUAUGCUGCCCCCUACUGGUGGUCUAAGGAGAGUCACACCUCCCCCGACGAGUCCAGCCCUGCGCAGCGGGUCUCCGUCGGCUAUGGCUUUCCCUCAACAGCAGCCAAGUUCGGUUGGGGCUGGAAGCACUGGUGCUUGGGUCGUUUCGACAGAGGAGAAGGCCAACUGCGACAUCUUGUUCAAGCAACUUGACACAGAGGUCAAAGGAUACCUGACCGGUGAUCAGGUCAAGCAAUCGCUUUUAGAGACUGGGCUGCCACACCAAACACUUGCUCAUAUUUGGAAUCUAUGUGAUAUCAAGCUUACUGGUCAGUUAAACUCCGACCAGUUUGCUCUGUCGAUGUUCCUAGUCAAACAGGCUAAAUCAGGCAUCAUGCCACCACCUCAACUCACUCCUGAGAUGAUACCACCAACAUUCAGACCAAAACCAGGAGGAACAGAUUCUGCUGCUCUAGGUGAUAUGGGAUUGAUAUCUGGAGGAGCACCCGGUGAUUUCUCUGCAAUCAAGGAGCUUGAUGCUAUCAGUAAGGAGAUUGAUACACUCAAUAAAGAGAAAGGACAGCUACAGACGGAUAUACAGAAGAAAGAAGAGCUGAUUAAGAUGAAGAAUAUGGAAGUUCAGGGCCUACAGACAGAGCUGGACAAAUCAUCGGCCCAGGUCAAGCAGCUAGAAACCCAGAAAUCAGAAGCCCAGAGGAGACUAGAUGAUCUGGACCAACAGAAGACCAAAUUAGAGGGUCUGCUGACCGAGGUCCAGUCCCAGUGUCAGGAAGUACAGAAGAGUGUCGACUCGCUGAGAGGACAGAUUAGUUCACAACAGAGCACAGUCAAGAAGAAAAAGCUCAAGGGGGAAGAAGCAAAGAAAGCUGUUGCCAAGGCCCAAGAAGAAGAACUGAAGAGAGCACAGACAGAGCUGAUCACUUUGAGGAAGGAGGAGCAGCAGCUUGAGCAGCAGGUCGAGACGGGGAAGUCCCAGCUGACCACAGUGGAGGAGAAUCUCAACCAAACAAACCAACAAAUCACAGAGCUUCACACAAAGCUUGCGUCCCUACGAGAGACCAAGACCAAGUUAAAUGGAACCAUGUCCCAGAUCAGUCAAGCCAUAGACACAGCCAACUCAACGGGUACCAUACCUCAGAUUGAGGACUUUGGUACCUUCAAUGACAACAAGUUUGGUCUAUCACAUGACGAUAUCUUCAGUAGUCGAGCAACAGCUGGUAGCAGUAGUCCUGUAAGUAGCUUGAGUGGAUUCAGCAUAGGAUCAGAAAUCAAUAGUAAGACAGGAGACACUGCUGAUGAUAAGGAUGAUCCAUUCAAAUCUAAGGACCCAUUCGCUGGAAUGGGGGAAAUAACAUCCUCAGAUCCUUUCCAAUCAGAAGAUCCUUUCAAAGACUCUGAUCCUUUCAAGUCAGAAGGAGGAGAUCCAUUCAAGAGCGACGCCUUUCAAGCCAAUCCAUUCGGCGGAGAUCCUUUCAAGAAUGAUCCGUUUGGCACAGGAGCUACCACAAACUCUGAAGACCCAUUUGGUGGAUCUGCUAACAAUUCCAAUGACCCUUUCUCAUCAUCAUCACCAGGGUCGUCUGACCCGUUUGGAGGAUCAACAACAACAUCGAAAGACCCGUUUGUGGGCAGUGAUCCGUUUGCAUCAAAAUCUAGUGACCCCUUUGGAUCAGGGUCGUCAGACAAUAAGAGUGAUCCUUUCGCUUCAAAAGGGUCGUCAAAAGACAGUGAUCCUUUCACAGCUAAAAGUACAACUGGUAAUGACCCGUUUGCUUCUAAACAAUCAGCAUCAAGCAGCGACCCAUUUGCAUCCAAGCCUGCAAAAACUGAUGACCCUUUUGCAUCCAAUGCAGCAAAGAGUAAUGACCCUUUUGCCUCAAAGUCUGCAACAAACGAUGACCCCUUUGCGUCAAAGUCUCCAAAAAGUGAUGACCCAUUUUCGUCCAAGUCGGCAAACAGUGAUGACCCUUUUGGAUCCAAGUCGGCAAACAGCAAUGAUCCCUUCGGAUCCAAGUCAGCCAAGGGUGAUGACCCUUUCGCGGGUAGUACAAAUGCUAGUGACCCAUUUGCAGGGUCAACAAAUUCUGAUGAUCCGUUUAAAGGAAAUGAUCCAUUUGCUUCUGAAUCAUUAGGAGGAUUAACAAAUGGAAAUGCAGAAAGUAAAUCAUCGAGUGAUCCAUUUGGUUCAAUAGAUCCAUUUGGAGGGAGUGCUUUCAAGGCAGAUUCAUUCAGCAAAAGCUCCAGUACUGACACGUUUGGCAGCGAUCCUUUCAGCCGUCAGGAGGACACCCCAGCGUUACCUCCAAAGAAAAGCAGAGGGGCUAGUUCCUCCACCGCUAAACCUGCCUCCAACUCUCCUAGUACUACAUCCAAUGCCAGCGACCCCUUCCAGGCUUUCUCCUCUGACUCCACCGACCCUUUUGCCAAAGUCGACUCCUCCAGCACCAACGACCCUUUUGCAUCCACCGGGUCAGGGGGUAAGGUCAACAGCUCCAACGACCCCUUCGCCCCAUCGGGAGGGGGCACGGAUCCCUUUGGAGGAGGAAGUGACCCAUUUUCAGGGGGAGGAGAUCCGUUCGGUGGCAGUGCUAGUGGCAAGACUGAUAGCGGCUCAGAUCCACUGGCAAACUUUGCUGAUUUCGGCGGUGCUAAGUUUGAAGGGAAAGUAUUAAGCGAGGAGGACCAACUGGUGUGGGCCGUCAAGGAAGCGCAGAAAGAAGAGGAGAGACUAAAACAACUUGCCAUUCAGGAGGAGAAUGACCUCAAGAUGGCGCUACAACUAAGUCAAGAGGAAGUCGGCUCGUCGGAGGCAUAGCAUGACGCGCUGGGUUCUUAACGAUCCACACCUAGCAAAGACUUAUGAAUACUCCAUUGUGUUCAUCCAUACGGCUUCAGCGGAGUAAUGAGCGUUUGCACGUUCUAAUCCUAGUGUUGAAGUCUAUUUAUUUGUGUACAUUUCUUGAAAACCUGUACCUAUCAACAUUAUCUGUUUUAUUUGUACACUUCAUCGUGAUGAUUUGAGAGGUAGGGGAGGAGAAACGGGGCAAUGAUGGUGUCAUCUUGAGACAAGAUGUGCUCCUGUUGGAUGUUACUGAGGAAAAGCAAGUUUCUUGAGGAGACAUGGUUCUCCUCGAUUGACCUGAGUCACACAAGGUUCUCCAUCUCCGUAUAAAAUAUUGAGGAAUGCAAUUUAUUUGAGUUCUGCAGGUGUACCGUGAAAUCAGCUGAAACUUGUUAUUGCGGCUUAGGUGUUUGCUCAUAAUGAUAUUUCAACUUGUCAUUUGAUCAGAGGGAGACCUCUCCAAACGGAUAAUUUGCCUGAUUCUGUUAGUGAAGUGAUUAGCUGCAGCCUUGUGCAAUGCCAUCAGAAAUAUCCAUCCCAUCAUAGUUUUCACCGUCGUGACCUGCAUUUAUAUUCAUAAUUGUCAUCAUCAUGUAGUUUUGUUCAGUGCUCACCAGGUUGUAGGUCUUGUAGUCAUGUGACUUUGUACUGAAGUCAUGUGACACUAAACAAUCAUGUGACUUGACCAACCCUAUCAGUUGUCUGACAUCAAUAUGCUUUCAUCUCUUCUAUGAUUGACAAGUGAAAAUUAGAAGUGAAAAGGACAUACAAUUCACAUCACAUUCAUAGAUGAAUUUAGCCUCCAUGUCAUUUGGUAGAGGAUGAUUUAACUCUGUAAUUUCUUCAUUAGUCUUGCUGAUUUUUUUUUAGUAUCCGCAGCAACAGUGCUUUCAUCCUAUGAAGGUUGUUCAGUGGCCCCGUUGCAGAAAGAGUUGUGAUCAAACGCAACUCAAAAAUAUCUUGUGCAACUUGAUUUUCAGCCAAUGAAA